AUGGCUGCCGUGCGGCUGGUUCGACUCAGACUGAUUGCCGAGCUCCUGAUGCGCCGCGAACGUGUGUACCGCGAUCACACGAACAUCUUCGAAGUGUUCGACAAAGACGAGCUUCAAAGGCGAUUCCGGUUUGGUCGCGCGGGCAUCGCGUACCUCGCCGAGCUCCUGCGUGAUGAUCUUGAACAUUUGACCAGCUGGAGCCACGCCUUGAACGUUGAGCAACAAUUGGUGCUCGCGCUCAAAUUCUUCGCGACUGGUGGUUUUUUGAUCACGGCAGGCGAUACCAUCAACGUGCACGAAUCGACGGCCAGCCGCACCAUUCGGCGAGUUGCUCUCGUCCGCCACUGCUCAGCUUGGAUACGCUGGCCCUCACCGAACGAGCUAGCUGAGGCACAGACCAGCUUCUACCGCCUGGGCGGCUUCCCCUGCGUGGUGGGUGCAACAGACGGCACGCACGUAAGGAUCCAGGUACCCGAGGAUAACGACGAGGUGUAUGUCAACCGUCAUUUCUACCAUUCUAUCAACGUUCAGCUCGUCGUCGACGCCAACUGCCGGAUCCUUGACAUCGUCGCAAAAUCAUUGUCUGUCAUUAAUCUCACCGCCGGCCUUGGUCAGGUGCUCCGCAGCCGCUGGGGACUGAGGGCCGUUGGUUAA